GUCGAAGCAGCCUCGAACGGCACAUAUUCACAGGGGGAAAAGUUCGACUGCAUUUGUUCUUUGAAACUAAGUGCUAAAUUAAUGCUUAGGCCUAUCUAAAUGCACAAGGGAGUACUAUAUGUGGGGGUGAGAUAUUAGUAUAUACAAGGGGAAGAGCACAAGCAGUUUUACUUUGAGAACGAGUUUAUACAAAAUACGAACCAUGGAUUCGGAAGGGGGAUCCUACGGGCUGGUCAAGUCAGCCGCUGUAAAACUGUCUGAGAUAGGCGAAAAAACGAAACAAUUGGGGACGGCAAUCAAGGAUCCUCAUCAGCAAAGACGGAUUAUUUUAGUGAUCGUCUGCGUGGCUUUACUUCUAGACAACAUGCUCUAUAUGGUAAUUGUUCCGAUUAUUCCAGAUUACCUUGCUGAUCUAGAAAUUGAACAAGCAGAGCACGUACAUGUAAUUAUCCAUCUUAAUUCCUCAACGAACAGCACAAACCAAGCUAAAAGCAACAAAGACCAUUUGGACGUCCAAAUAGGAGUACUUUUUGCAUCGAAGGCUAUCCUGCAACUGUUAGUAAAUCCAUUGUCAGGAACUUUCAUAGAUCGCGUUGGAUAUGACAUUCCGCUUUUAAUUGGACUAACCGUAAUGUUUAUCUCUACCUGUAUAUUCGCUUUCGCAGAGAAUUAUGCGACCUUGUUUGUGGCCCGCAGUUUACAAGGUCUGGGCUCAGCUUUUGCAGACACUUCUGGAAUUGCCAUGAUAGCAGAUAAAUACACCGAGGAGGCAGAGAGAAGUAAAGCCCUUGGCAUUGCGUUGGCGUUCAUUUCAUUUGGAAGCCUGGUGGCGCCUCCAUUUGGGGGUAUUUUGUACGAGUUUGCAGGCAAACGGGUACCGUUUUUUGUACUUGCCUCCAUUUGUCUUGUGGACGGCAUCCUGCUUCUAACUGUGAUAAAGCCAUUCUCCAACAAGACUAGAGAGAACAUGCCGGUAGGCACCCCCAUAUACAGACUCAUGAUUGAUCCGUACAUAGCUGUGGUGGCAGCUGCGCUGACGGUCUGUAACAUCCCCCUGGCCUUCCUGGAGCCAACCAUUGCCAACUGGAUGGAAAGCACCAUGCAUUCCACAAAGUGGGAAAUGGGAUUAACAUGGUUGCCAGCGUUCUUUCCACAUGUCCUGGGUGUAUACAUAACUGUUAAAUUAUCUUCCAAGUAUCCGAAUUUGCAGUGGUUUUACGGUGCUAUAGGUAUGGUUAUUAUCGGUGCCAGCUCCUGCACAGUUCCAGCAUGCAAAACAUUUGGCCAACUAAUUGCCCCCCUAUGCGGGAUAUGCUUUGGCAUUGCACUCGUGGACACUGCUCUCUUACCGACUCUUGCAUUUCUGGUCGAUGUGCGUCAUGUGUCUGUGUAUGGUAGUGUAUAUGCUAUAGCCGAUAUAUCAUAUUCUGUUGCAUAUGCCAUGGGUCCCAUAGUUGCCGGUCAGAUAGUGCAUAACCACGGGUUUGUGCAACUUAACUUAGGUAUGGGCCUCGUCAAUGUUCUUUACGCGCCGGCCCUUUUGCUGCUCCGUAACGUAUGCCAAAUGAAACCGUCCUACUCAGAGAGAGAUAACCUUCUGGAAGAUGCACCACAGGGUCUGUACGACACCAUCAAGAUGGAGGAGCGGAGAUGUAAGAAGAAGGAAUAUAGGUCUGCAGGAAACUGCCUGCCGGUCGACGAAAACGGCUUUGACCCCUUUAAAUCACAAAGGUCACAUUUAGAUGAGUCAUCCGGUCCGGAGUACAGCUAACGUUUGAAAAUGAUACAACAAAUAGUCUAGAUUCCAUUUGAACAUGAACACUAAAACUUUGCUAAAACUGAAGAGUAUAGUCGAUAAACAAGAUGGUAUGUACUGACGUGAAAUAUAAACGCCCAUUCACUAAGCACGAUUAUGUGACCUGUUUCGCUAGUUCAUUAAUUUGACCGUAAUUUCAUCGUGUUGAACCAGCCUAUAAAGCCACGGACGUGUAAUUUGAGUUUUUGUGAGAGGCCAAUCAACUCUGUUGAAUUUGUGUGCACAAUAUACGCAGAGUAGACUACUGUAAAAAGGUAAAUCGAUAGGCUACAAAUGCAGAACAUUAGCCUUUGUUGAUAAAGGCUUGAUACGGGACCACUUAGUGAAAAAACUGCCUAUGAGGACGAUGUAGCCUAUAUAACCCAAAUCAAGACUUUACCAUUUUUAUUUCAAGAUAUUUUGAAAUGCAGUCUUUCUAUGAAGUGUAUCAUAAAAAUGUGGAGGCUGUUGUAUAUUUGGAGAUAUUCACAUUGUAAAUUAUAGGUUAUGUGGGCCUCUGCAUUGAGUGUUUUCGUGUUUGUUAAAACGGUUUAUUGUUCAAACGUGAAGUCGGUUAGGCUAUACAUGUUGGUAAUGUAUUGAGUAAAUCUAUGUGAAUUAAUCGAUUGUC